AUGUCCUUUAUACGCCUCUUGCAACGCAAACCCAAUGGCGAGAUCGUCUUUCGCGAAUUUACCAGCAGCGAAGUCCCUACCUACGCAAUACUCUCUCAUACCUGGGGAGAAGAGGAGGUUGUCUAUCAAGACUUGAAAAAAAGCAAGAACAAGAGCAAGACUGUGAAUAAGGCUGGGUGGAGGAAGAUACAGUUCUGCGCGAAGCAAGCCGCAGUAGAUGGACUGGAAUACUUCUGGGUUGAUACCUGCUGCAUCGAUAAGAAGAAUUCGGUCGAGCUUAACGCGGCGAUCAACUCCAUGUUUCGGUGGUAUCAGAACGCUGCACGCUGCUACGUCUACCUUUCGGAUGUCUCCAAGCCCGACACUGGGGUAGAUGACCAGAGGGCAUGGGAGGAAGCUUUCAGGAAGAGUCGUUGGUUCACUCGAGGCUGGACGCUUCAGGAGCUUAUUGCACCAAGGCUGGUUGACUUCUUUAGCUCGGAGGGUAAACGACUUGGAAACAAGUUGUCGCUUGAGUCUGAGAUACACGAAAUUACCGGUAUCGCAAACAAAGCUCUCCGAGGUGAUGCAUUGUCAAAUUUUAGCAUCAAAGAGCGGAGAUCAUGGGCAGAGCACCGUAAUACUACUAUUGAAGAAGAUGAAGCCUACUGCUUAAUCGGGAUCUUCGAUGUAUCUAUGGUGCCAAAUUACGGCGAGAGAAGGGACCAGGCAUUUAGGCGGUUGGAGGAUGAGAUUCACAGGAUGUAUAAGGGGGCCAACUUUGAGCAAUUUGCUGUUGGGCUCAACCUCGCGUCAUUUCCCGAAGCUACACAGUUUGUCGCUAGAGAGAAGGAGCUAUCGGAAAUUCACGAGCUACUUCAAGAUCACAGUAGUCGAUCCUGUGUCAUCCUCCAUGGUCUUGGGGGUAUGGGAAAGACUCAGCUAGCGACCACAUAUGCCAGACGACACAAGGAGAAAUAUACGGCGAUCUUCUGGCUGAACGCGAAUGACGAAGACUCACUCAAGCUGAGCUUUCGGGACAUUGCUCAACAGGUGCUGAGACAUCAUCCUUCCACCAGUGUGCUAUCCAGCAUAGACCAAGAUAAAGACCUCGAUCAAAUUAUCAGUGGAGUCAAGGACUGGCUUGACUCCACGCAGAACACAAGGUGGCUAAUGAUCUACGAUAACUUCGAUAAUCCUAAAAGAUCUGAUAAUCCCGAUAACUCAGCAGUCGAUAUACGUCAAUUCCUCCCUCAAUCUGAUCACGGCUCGAUCAUCAUUACGACACGAUCAUCACAAGUUAAGCAGGGUAUACGAAUUCAUGUUCAGAGGCUGGAUGUCAGGGAAGGUCUUGAGAUUGUGUCUAAUAUGUCAGGACGUAAGGGUAUUGAAAAGGCACUCGUCAAAGAACUAGACGGCCUACCACUUGCUUUAUCUACAGCAGGGGUAUAUCUCGAGCACGUAACGACGAGCUUCUCGGAUUAUCUUCAGCUCUAUAAGACAUCAUGGUUGAAGCUUCAGAUGACAAGUCCCCUAUUGGAUUCCUAUGUAGAUCGUACACUAUGUACGACAUGGCAGAUCACUUUCGAUCGGAUCCAACAACAGAAUAAAGCAUCAGCAAAACUACUCAAGCUAUGGGCAUAUUUUCAUCGAGAGGAUCUGUGGUUUGACCUCCUUCGGCAUGCAAACUCUAUAGACGAUGAAUGGAUACAGAAGCUUAUGAAGGACGAACUGAACUUUAAUGAGGCCAUCACUCUACUAUGUACCUUUGGACUGGUUGAUCCAGACAGGUCUCCUCAGCAGCAGGUUGGGGCUAGAGGGUAUAGUAUACAUAGUUGUGUCCACUCAUGGAUAGUGUUUGUGCUUAACAAGGAGUGGGACAAGAGCCUUGCACAUCUGGCUUUAACCUGUGUAGCCUCGGAGGUUCCUGAUACAAAUGAAAAGUACUGGUGGCUCUCACAGCGGCGUCUCCUUCAACACGCAACACGACAGGCCUUCUUUAUAGAAGACGCCAAGGUAGAUAUAGACGGACUAUAUUGGGAAUUUCACAACCUAGGCGUUCUCUACUCUGACCAAGGCAAGCUAGCAGAGGCAGAGAAGAUGUAUCUUCGAGCGUUGGAAGGUAAGGAGAAGGCACUUGGACCAGACCACACAUCAACACUCGAUACAGUCAACAACCUAGGCAACCUCUACUCUGACCAAGGCAAGCUAGCAGAGGCAGAGAAGAUGUAUCUUCGAGCGUUGGAAGGUAAGGAGAAGGCACUUGGACCAGACCACACAUCAACACUCGAUACAGUCCACAACCUAGGCCACCUCUACUCUGACCAAGGCAAGCUAGCAGAGGCCGAGAUGAUGUAUCUUCGAGCGUUGGAAGGUAAGGAGAAGGCACUUGGACCAGACCAUACAUCAACACUUAGUACAGUCCACAACCUAGGCAACCUCUACUCUCACCAAGGCAAGCUAGCAGAGGCAGAGAAGAUGUAUCUUCGAGCGUUGGAAGGUAAGGAGAAGGCACUUGGACCAGACCAUACAUCAACACUUAGUACAGUCCACAACCUAGGCCACCUCUACUCUCACCAAGGCAAGCUAGCAGAGGCAGAGAAGAUGUAUCUUCGAGCGUUGGAAGGUAAGGAGAAGGCACUUGGACCAGACCACACAUCAACACUCGGUACAGUCCACAACCUAGGCCACCUCUACUCUGACCAAGGCAAGCUAGCAGAGGCCGAGAUGAUGUAUCUUCGAGCGUUGGAAGGCUAUGAGAACGCUCUUGGUCUUGAACUUGCCUCGUCUUAUCUACCGGCGUUGAAUACUAUGUUCAACUUUGGAAACCUCUUAUCGCAAACUGACCGGAAAGACAUGGCAAGGGCAAUGUAUAAUCGAGCAUUGUCUGGAUACACAACCGUCCAAGGGCCUUCCUCUAAAUUGUCCAGGCAAGUUGAAGAUCGGCUUCAAGCGUUGCAAGUUGCGUCUGCUGGGUCGAAUGUAGGUCGAAAUGAGUUUACAGAGCCUGGAGUAGCAAAUUCGAGGUCUUUGAAACAGAAAAUCCGCAAGCUAGGAAGGUGGUUGAACAUUAGAUAA